CAGGACGGUGCCCAUUCGCUGGAAGCGAGCGCACUUGAUCUUCGUGAGUGUGUUUCUGAUCUUUCCCUUGACCUUGCUCUGGGAGUUCACCUACUGCGACUUCUUUGGCGAGAACGCCUUGUACUUCAUCAUCGGCUUCAGUUUCGCCAUGAAUUUCGUGGACAACGCCUUGUCCAGGGCGGUGCGAGAGGAGCUGAUCCAGGUGCCCUUGUCCACGGCCUGCAGCGUGGUGCUCUUUGUGGGUACCCUGGGGGCUGAUGACUUUGUGGACUUCUGCGAAGGUUUCUUCCUGGAGCUUCUGUACGGCAUCGCCGAGCGCUUGAUUUUGGGGACCCUCUUCGAGGCAAUCGAUAAGGGCACGGCGUAUGCAGCCCACUGGGCCAAGACCCGUUCCUGGUUCUGGCGAUUUACCCUCAUCCUGACGGCAGGCCGUUCAACACGAGCCUUGCUGAUGAACGAAGGUAAAGAUGAAGAAAUGGUACAAGAAGGAACGCCCAUCGAAGAGGCCAUGGAGGAAGUCAUUGGCUGCGGCACUACCUGCAUGAGUACGAUCAUGACGCCUUUCAUUAUUGGCGCCAUCUACGUCUUCGCGCCUGAAACCGAAAUUCCUGUGCAUCUUGGUGGCAUUCAGCAUGGCGAACCGUACAUGGCCAUGGGAGCCAUGGCUUUCCAGUAG